GCAGUGGUGGCUGCAUCUGCGCGCCAUCCUCGUGGAGCAGGGUUGGCGCGAAUCCAUCUACGAACCCUGUCUGUUCAUGCUCAGGGACAGCAAGGGCAAACUCAACGGCUUGCUGUGCACGCACGUCGACGACCUCUUCGUCACGGGCGCGGGCGAGCAGUUCGAGCGCGUGAUGGAGAUCAGCAAGGACAAGAUUCGCCUUUCCUUCCAGUCCGACACGUUCAGGCACUGUGGCAAAGUCGUGGAGCAGGACAACCGGACUUUCGACAUCAAGAUCGGACAGGCCGCCGCGGUCGAGGCGCUGGAGUACAUCACCCUCGAGCCGCACCGCCGGCGCAAGCCCAAUGCGCCACUCACCCCGGAGGAGAUCUCUGCCCUCCGCCAUGACACUGUUGCAGUGAAUCGUGCCAUCAAGAUGGCUAAGGACGACGUUGAUUUCAAGCUGAUGUUUUCAUCCCGCCUGGACUGGGACAGCGCCAUCGGGUUCGGCUGCGGGGACAGCAGCCAUGGCAACAUUGACGACCUUGCGCUAGGAGAGAAGGUCAAGUCGCAGUGCGGCUAUAUCAUCGGCAUGGCGUCGCCCGACCUCGAGACGGACGCCACCGCGAUCAUACAUCCACUGGAAUGGGCUAGCGCGACGAUCAAGCGAGUGGUUCGUGGAUCGCUAGCAGCUGAAUGCAAUGGUUUCCUGACGACAGCUGAGAGUGCUGAGUUUCUCAAGCAUGUGAUUGCCGAGAUCUCCGACCCCGGCUACUCAUCCUACCAGUUCGACCCGUUCUUCGACGGCAAGCAUCUGCUACUGUUGACGGACGCGAAUGGCCUUGUCACCUCCCUGGAGAAGGAUGGUGGUCAGCCCGCUGACAAGCGAGUACGGAUCCUGAUGGCCCAGAUCCGACAGCUACUCGGCCAUGACGUGCUGAAACAAGAGCGAGAAAGUGACGACUGGAGGAUACGUGUCAGAUGGAUCGGCACGAAGCUGAUGAUCGCGGACUCUUUGACGAAGUCCGAGGCUGAGAGGAGUUUCUUGCUAGAGCGGCUGUCUGAGGGCCGCUGGUGUUUAGCGCAGACGAAGGAGAUGCUCGCUGCUAAGGCAGCGGCAGGCGAGGCGCGCCGAGCCCGCAAGGUCCGGCCUGGCAAUGCGGAGGGGUAG